GCGCCCGAGUGCCGAACGCGGGCAGGAGGCUCCGCGCUCGCUGCCCCCCAAAAGUCGGGCGGGAGGAGGAGGAGGAGGAGGAAGAGGAGGAAGAGAAGAAGGCGGCGGCACCGUGGCACUCAGGGAGAGAGCAAGAGCUCGUGAGGCACCGUGGAAAUGGCUCUUGUGGAGGACGUGCUCCUGCCCACCAACCUCACCUCCAGCAACCAGAGCAGCUGCAAUGUGCACAACCACCACUUCUCGACCAAAGUCACCUUCUCCCUUUUCUACACCAUCCUGCUGGUGUUUGGUGCCUGUGGGAAUGUCCUGGCCCUCUGUAUCACCUCCCAGCGCAGGAAGAAGAAACUCAACUCCACCGACCUCUACCUGGUGAACCUGGCUCUCUCCGAUGCCCUCUUCACCCUGGCACUGCCGGGCAGGAUCGCCUAUUACAUCCUGGAGUCUGACUGGCCCUUUGGGGACUGGUUCUGCCGGAUCACAGCUUUCAUUUUCUACAUGAACACCUAUGUGAGCAUCUACUUCAUGACCUGCGUCAGUGUGGACCGCUACGUGGCCGUGGUGCGCACCAGGCACCCCGGCAGGAUUCGGAAGAUGAGCCGUGCCAGGGGCAUCUGCGUCCUCAUCUGGUCCUUGGUGUUCCUGCAGACGGCUCCGCUGCUCCUGCGGCCCAUGACGCGCAGGAUGGGAGACAAGCUGACCUGCAUGGAGUACUUCAACUUUGAGGAGAUUCCCAAUCUGCCCUACCUGCUCCUGGUGGCCUGCAUGCUUGGCUUCUUCCUGCCUGUGGGCAUCAUCUUGGUGUGCUACGUGAGGAUCAACCUCAAGCUCUGCCAGACGGCCAAGGAGAACCCGCUGACAGUGAAGAAUGGGCACCACCACCGGGCCUUCACUGUCAUCCUGGUGGUUCUGCUGGCUGUCCUGCUCUGCUUCAGUCCCUACCACCUCAACAUUGUCCAGUUCAUGGUCAGGAAGAUCCUCUACCAGCCAUCCUGCCCUGAGCAGCAAGCCUUCAAGAUGUCCCUGCAAGUCACUGUGGCGUUCAUGAACCUCAACUGCUGCAUCGACCCCAUCAUCUACUUCUUCGCCUUCCGGGGCUACAAGCGGAGGCUGCUCCGCAUCUUCAGGAACAGCGGCUCCCUGGCCACCUCCUCCACCGCCAAGACCCCCUCGGAGAGCAACAGCAACAGCCAGCCACCCGGCUCCAGCUCCGUCUAGCAGCACUAGCCCCUCCCUUUUGCCCUGGCCUGUGACUUAUGGACCAUCCCUGAUGGCCGGAGGCGGAGUCGAGCUGCCGGUCCAGCACCUUCAACAGGCUCCAUCGCUCCCCUGCCUGGAGUCAGGGGCUCUCGCAAAGCCAAUACGGCAGGGACAAAGCCCUGCCUGGCUCUGCGUGCCUGGCUCUGCUGCACCUGCCAGCCAGGAGCACGGAGAGGCCCCUUUUCAUCCCAGCCCCAGAGGGGGCAGCUCGUGCAGCUGCUCUGCCUGGCACACCCAGCUGGAGGUGUCCCAGCACUGCACUGCAGCUCUCUCCUGUGCCUGUCCGCACCCCUGUGGGGCUGGGGCGGGCUGGUAACCACCAUGGGUGUCCCUCUGCCCCCUUCCUCUGCACUGCCCCUGGAGCACUACAGCAGCAUCCCUGCAGGCUUCAGGGCAGACAGCAUGAGGAGAUGGACUCAGGGCACUCCAGGGAAAGGCUGGGAUGUUAUUUGCAUGCAGAAGAUGGCCUACAGCUCCUUCUCCACACCGACAAACAGCAGCUCUGCUCUCUGCCUGCCCAGCAUCCUGCUCCUGCACCAGGGCUCUGCUUGGGGCAAGCAGUAAGUGUGGGGCACGUGGGAGAUGCUGAAAAAGCCCUCUCCCAAGGAAGAGGUGUGAGGAUGUGAAUUUGUAGAACUCCUGGAUGUGCUGCUGCCUACAUUCACCAUUUGGGUGACUGCUUCUUCCCCAGGGUGAAGACUGCUUCUUCCCCACCUGACCGCACUGCAGUCACCCUGGGACCCACUGCCAGGAAGGGGAUCGUGGGGAUGGCCUGGAUCCCAGCCCAGCUCUAAGGCUGCAAACCUGCCCUGGAUGUAUUCAUGGGCAAACCUUCCCAUUAGUCCUUUGCAGAGAAAUAGGAACAAGAACUGAGAGUGGCCUUUAGUGACCUUGACUGACCUUGAAGCUCGUGCCCUGAGGAGUCUAAGAGCCCUUCUAUGGGAGUUUACUUGUGACUAUAUCCAGAGCAAGAGAAGGAAACCUGGGACAUCAGGUUCCUGCUGAGGUUUGUGCCUCUCAGACAAGGAGAAAGUUGGCAGGAGCCUCCUCAGCUCUUUGCCGGAAUCACUAGACUAUGAUAAAAAACCCACACAUAGGAUUUCACAGUUCCUGGCAUGUCUAGUCUUUUCUUUGAAGUUAGAAGGGACAGACACACACAGAGACAUGAAAAGGAAAAAAAAUCUACUUAAUUUACUGAAAAGUAUACCUGAAAAUGUUUCAUGAACAGACACUUGAUUAAUACAAAUAAUUCUUUCAGGAAAUAACCUUUUUUAUGCCUAGAAAGUUAAUAAUAGUCACAUGCAGCCCUUCAUUGUUUUAAAUGCACAUGAACGAGCUUUGGACAGCAAUGGUUUUACUUUUGGUAUGGGUCUGAAGGCUGAAGGCAUGCUGAAGGCUGACUAAGAGGGAUGCCUAAAACAACUCAGGUGGGAAACAGAUUCCAGUAGGUCCUUUCUGGAGGCUGAGCCCUCCUUAAAGCAGGCUUAACCUCAGUGCUGACCGGCAGAAGGCCUUUGUCCUGAAAAGCAUAUUACAAUGGAGAAAAAUAGCUGGGAUGCAAUAAUAUCAAGUUAUCAGUGGUCUGAACACCCUUGAAGGAGUCUGGCUAGGUUGAUAGUUGCUGUACAGUUACAUUGCCCUAUUAAUAUGUCUGGGAAGUGAUGGCUGGAAGGGAAUCUCUGCAUCACCUCAUCCAGCAGCCCACCCAAAGCAGGACUAUGGUUGGCUCAAUGUCAGGCUGUAUGUGGCUUCAUGCAGACAAGGCUUGGAAACUCCAGGCAAGGUGGGUCCCCUUGCUGAGGUGACAGUUCCCACCCUGCGUUGCUCUCUGGAUAAAACCAUUUUCCCCACUGUUGUGUCUGAACUUCCCCAUCCACAGGUAGUGGCCGUUGCCCCUAACAUCACCUACUCGUGCCAUGAAGAGCUUGGCUCUGCCAUCUUUGUAACUCAAAUUCCACAGGACUGUGUUGGGGGCUGCCAGUGGUUUGUAGCUGUUGGUUUCCAUGUGAGCACCAGAGCAGUGGCCAACCCUCCUACUCAAGAUCAAGACAUUGAGAUGUUUUGUCAAGCUGCAGCCCACAGAUGAGAAAAAGCCAGUCUGCGACCAAGCCUCCUCAGGAGAAGGUGAAGUAUAAACAUAACCUUGUUUGCUCCUUACUGGACUCUGUUUUUCUCAGAAGUACUUUAUUAAGAAAGGUACCUCCACCUCUUGCCACCAGUAGGAGCCUUUGGAGUAGGAAAUAGCUGAAGAGUUGGGUGUAGUGCUGCACAAUGCAGGAGGGAUCUGGCCUUCCUCCUCUGGAUGGACACCAGCCUUGGCUACUUUGCUUUUGGAAGUACCAAUCUGGGGACAGCAGGCAAUUAGCUGGAGUUGAGGGAACAUCCACGAGAUGGAGAAGGAAGGGACUUGGGCAGAGUGGGUCAAGAGGAAUCGGGGCAAAGAAGAACUCUAAAGAAUCCUCCAUUGCCCAGACUAGCUUGCCCACCUGUGGGUGCUCCCUGUCUGCUUGAAAAAGGAGCAUUUCUCUAAAACUGAAGAGAAACCAUACACAGCAUUUUGUCUAGAGGCACAGUAACAUUUUCCUACCCUUUGUCGUUCACCUGUUCAGUCCAAGCUCCUCGCAUGGCUCUUGCUGUACGCUGCUAGCCCAGACCCACCAGCGAUCCCUUGGAAUCACAAAAACACUGAAGCACAGAAUCUAUUUAGGUUGGAAAAGACCUCUGAGAUCAUUGGGACCAUCCAUUAGCCCAGCACUGCCAAGGCCACUGCUAAAGCAUGUCCACAAGUACAGCACCUGCCUGUCUUUUAAAUACCUCUCCACGGGCUCUGCACGGCCGCUGCUCCUGCCCUGCCCCGGCUCCCCCGGGGCGCGGACCCCCGAGACCCCCGGCUGGGGGUAGCCGUGUUGGAGGCAGCCCCGAGGGCGCAGUGCCCGCCCCGACGGUGCCUCCGGGCGAGAGGAGCAGCGCCGGUUCCCUCCAAAAGAGGGAGUCGGAACCUUUGCUCAGUGUUAAAAAUAUGCCCACGAAUCUAAGAGGACGGUGACAGAUGGGGCUGUGCUUCCCCCACGCGUCUGCUGCCGCGCAGGGAUGCGGCGCCUUUCGUGAGCCGGGUGCUGGUGGCGCGUACGGGAGGCACAGGGCAGCACACUGGGAUCGAAGGCGUUCCGUGCAGAGAGGUGUAACUGCACAGUAUGCGGGUAAUUCUUGCUUUUCUGCAGCCUAUUGGUGCUGUGCUGUCUUCUAAGAGAAGAUUGCACUUUUAUCUGAGGGCAGAGAGUACGCUUUGUGGACACACAACAAUAGGUAAUACAUGCACAGAUACGGGAUAUAUACUCUCUGCAUCAGAAGAAUAUCCUGGGCUGCGUCAAAAGCAGCAUGACAAGCAGGUCAAGGGAGAUGAUUUUGUCCCUAUAUUCAACUUCGGUGCAGUCCCACCUGGAAUACUGCAUCUGGGUUCCCCGGCACAGGAACAACAUGGACCUGUUGGAGCAAGUCCAGAAGAGGGCCACCAAGAUAAUCCAGGUUGUGAAGCACCUCUCCUUUGAUGACAGGAUAAGAGCCUGGGAUUGUUCAGCCUGGAGAAGGAUCCAGGGACACCUCAGAGCACUGAAAAUCUAAGUACCUAAAGCCUCCAAGGCAGCUGGAGAGGGACUUCUAACAAGGGCCUGUUUUGACAAGAGCCUCUAAUGACAGGACAAGGGGGACUGUCUUCAAAAAGAGCGCAGGUUUGGAUGAGAUAUUAAGACAAAGUUCUUUACAUGGGGGUGGUGAGACACUGGAACAAGCUGCCGAGAGAAGCUGUGGAUGACCCAUCACUGGAAGUGCUCAAGGGCUGGGUUUGAUGGAGCUUUGAGCAACCUGGUCUAGAAAGGUGUCCCUGCCCUUGGCAGGGGGGCUGGAGAGAGCUCAAACAGAACAGCUUUUUUCCCUUAGCAGUGGUUCCCAACUUACACACCUCUUCAGUCUGUGCUUUAAAUUGUCCUGAACUGAAACUAUUGCAUGUCACACAUAAUAUAUUUGUAAGUCAGCUGUGUAAGCCAGUAAAAUAUUGUGAUGUAAUUAUGCAGAUAUCUACUAAAAAUAAAAGCUUCUCAAGGCCGAGUAACAA